AUGGAUGAGCUCUUUGAUGUCUUUGAGGACAAUCCUCAAGGUGGGCAACCCGCCAACAGCGGCUCCGCUACACCCCACAAGAGAGAGCGAAAGCGGCUCAAGCGACAGGCGAAUGGUGAAGUAAAGGAUGCGGUCAACGGUGACGAGGCACCCGCCGCCUCUAGUGAUGUGAAUACCUCAGAGUCUGAACACAAUGGGUCCACAAGUCCAGCUGGAAAUGAGGCAGGCGUGAAGCGUCUGCGUUUGGACGAUGAACCGGAGCCCGUCGUCACCGACACCUUUGAAACCGAGCAGUCCAGAGAGGUGGCGGCAUCUGCCGGCUUGCAGGCAUCCAAAGAGGAGGAGAAAGUCAUUCUCUCACACCAAGUCCGUCAUCAAGUAGCCCUUCCUCCCGACUACGACUAUGUCCCGAUUUCCGAACACAAACCUCCCGCUGAGCCCGCGAGAACAUGGAAGUUCCAGCUCGAUCCUUUUCAGCAAGUCUCUAUCGCAUCGAUCGAACGCAACGAGAGUGUUUUAGUCUCAGCACAUACUAGCGCCGGCAAGACUGUCGUGGCUGAGUAUGCCAUAGCACAAUGUCUCAAGAACAACCAGCGGGUCAUCUACACAAGUCCUAUCAAAGCACUGAGCAACCAAAAGUACAGAGAGUUCCAGGCCGACUUUGGCGACGUUGGCUUGAUGACUGGAGACGUUACGAUCAAUCCUACGGCCACUUGUCUCGUCAUGACCACCGAAAUCCUGCGCUCCAUGCUGUAUCGAGGAUCCGAAAUCAUGCGAGAGGUUGGAUGGGUCAUUUUCGACGAAAUCCAUUAUUUGCGAGACAAGACUCGAGGUGUGGUUUGGGAAGAGACGAUCAUCCUGCUUCCAGACAAAGUGCGCUAUGUCUUCUUGUCGGCAACCAUUCCCAAUGCCAUGCAGUUCGCCGAAUGGAUCACCAAGACACACAACCAACCCUGUCACGUCGUCUACACUGACUUUCGACCAACUCCGUUACAACACUACUUCUUCCCAGCCGGAGCAGAUGGUAUUCACCUCAUUGUGGAUGAGAAAGGUGUCUUCCGAGAAGACAACUUCCAGAAGGCCAUGAGCACAAUUGCUUCCAAGCAUGGAGACGACCCUGCUAAUGCCAUGGCUCGUCGAAAAGGCAAAGGAAAGGACAAGAAGUUGAACAAAGGAGGGAAUAAGGGUCCUUCCGAUAUCUACAAGAUUGUCCGCAUGAUCAUGACCAAGAACUACAACCCAGUCAUUGUGUUCAGUUUCAGUAAGAGAGACUGUGAGGCAUAUGCAAUCCAGAUGAGCACCAUGUCUUUUAACGACGAUUCCGAAAAGGCGAUGGUCUCCAAAGUUUUCGACAGCGCACUGGAGAUGCUGUCCCCCGAAGACAAGAACUUGCCACAAAUCCAACACCUGCUACCGCUGUUGAGGCGAGGCAUUGGCAUUCAUCACUCUGGCUUACUACCCAUUCUCAAAGAAACAAUUGAAAUUCUAUUCCAAGAAGGGUUGAUCAAGGUUCUGUUCGCGACCGAGACCUUCUCGAUCGGACUCAAUAUGCCUGCCAAGACAGUGGUGUUUACCAGUGUCCGCAAGUUUGAUGGCAUCUCACAACGUUGGGUUACACCAUCCGAGUUCAUUCAGAUGUCUGGCCGUGCUGGCCGUCGUGGCCUCGAUGAGCGCGGUAUCGUCAUCAUGAUGAUCGACGAGCAGAUGGAGCCUACCGUCGCCAAGGAGAUUGUCCGCGGUGAACAAGACAAACUAAAUUCCGCAUUCUAUCUCGGUUACAACAUGAUUCUAAACCUGCUACGCGUCGAAGGCAUCUCUCCAGAGUUCAUGUUGGAGAGAUGUUUCCACCAAUUUCAAAACACUGCCAGCGUGUCGGGGCUGGAGAGAGAGCUGCAGCAAUUAGAGACCGAAAAGUCUGCUAUGGUAAUUGAGGACGAGAGCGCCAUUCGUGCAUACUAUGAACUUCGAAAACAGCUGGACGUCUACGGCGAAGACAUGAAAAAUGUCGUCAUCCACCCAAACUACAGUCUGCCAUUCAUGCAACCGGGUCGCUUGGUCGAAGUCAAGGACGGCGAGAAUGAUUUUGGGUGGGGAGCGGUGAUCAACUUUGCGAAAAGAAACCAAGGUAGAUCUAACGAGAAGUUGACUCCUCAGGAAGAAUGGAUUCUCGACAUCGCGCUCGAAUGCGCCGAGGGUCCAGCUCCCGCUACCAAGACGUUCCAGUCUUUGCCAGCCGGCAUUCGUCCUCCUCAACCUGGCGAAAAGUCCAAGAUCGAGGUGGUUCCAGUCCUCUUGAAAUGCGUUCAGAAGAUCUCUCACGUCCGCAUCUUUCCUCCCGCGGACAUGACAGACCCGGAGGAGCGCAAAAAGGUCCAGAAAUCUCUGGCAGAAGUGAAGCGACGGUUUCCGGAUGGUCUGUCGGUGUUGGAUCCAAUCGAGAACAUGAAGAUCACGGAUAACUCCUUCAAGGAGCUUCUUCGAAAGAUUUCGAUUAUGGAGUCUAGGCUCAUGGCCAAUCCUCUGCACAACUCCCCGCGGCUGGAAGGUCUCUACAACCAAUAUGCAAAGAAGGUGGAGUUGACCAACAAGAUCCGAGCCCUGAAGAAGCAGAUCCAGGAUGCCCACGCCAUCAUGCAAUUGGACGAGCUCAAAUGUCGCAAGCGAGUCCUUCGUCGACUACAAUUCAUCAACGAGGAUGAAGUUGUCCAGCUGAAAGCUCGUGUUGCCUGUGAGAUCAGCACUGGGGACGAACUGAUGCUUAGCGAGCUCUUGUUCAAUCGAUUCUUCAACGACUUGACCCCAGAACAAUGUGCUGCUGUCAUGAGCUGUUUCGUCUUCGAGGAGAAGGUCAACGAACAGCCGACGUUGCCAGAAGAUCUGGCAAGACCUUUGCGCGAAAUUCAGAAACAAGCUAGAAUUAUCGCCAGGGUGUCAGCCGAGUCGAAGUUGCCGGUCAACGAGGAGGAAUACGUGCAGAGCUUCAAAUGGCAGCUGAUGCCUGUGAUGUUCGCUUGGGCUACAGGAAAAUCAUUCGGCGAUAUCUGCAAAAUGACCGAUGUUUACGAAGGUAGUCUGAUUCGGACUUUCCGACGACUCGAAGAAGCGUUACGGCAGAUGGCUGAAGCUUCCAAAGUCAUGGGAAGUGAAGAACUGGAGAAGAAGUUUGAGGAAGCGUUGAGCAAGGUAAGACGAGAUAUUGUGGCCGCGCAGUCACUGUAUCUCUAG